AUGGCUUCUGUCUUUCGCAACGGUCGCAUCUUUGCGCCCGCGCUAGCUCAGAAUGGCGGCGAGUUUGCCGAUGGCAUGAUUGUCAAAAAUGGCCAGAUUUCUCACGUUGGAUCUCUGGGCGGAAUCGAGAUUCCUAGCGAUGCCACAGUUGUGGACCUGGAAAAUCGUGUCGUGAUCCCGGGCUUUAUCGACGCCCAUGUACACAUUCUGCAGUACGGCCAUUCUUUGCGCAAAGUCAAUCUGAUUGAAUGCACGUCUCUCGAGCAAAUCCGAGACGCCAUCAAAUCAUAUGCCACGGCAAACCCAUCUUCGCCUCGAAUCUUGUGUCGAGGAUGGAUUCAGUCUUCUACCAAAGGCAUCGCUCUUGCAAGUAUGCUGGACGAUCUCGAUCCACGACCAAUUUUCAUUGACGCCUUUGAUCUGCACUCGAUGUGGUGCAACUCGGCUGCUCUGGACGAGAUGAAGGCUCACACUGCCCCGGACCUUCCGGGUGGUACUAUUCAUCGUGAUGAGAAUGGAAAAGCUUCUGGCCUUCUCGAUGAAUCUGCUUUGAUAAACCUCGCUUGGCCGUACGUGGAGAGCCUUUACUCCACCGAAGAUAAUCUCAAGGCCUUGGAUAUCGCCGUGUCUUCUUAUACUGCGGCUGGCUAUACCGGGGUUGUAGACAUGGCCAUGGAUGAAGAUACAUGGCAACUGCUCGAUAAAUAUCGCCGUUACAAGCCUGUCCCUUUCCAUAUUGCGGCCCACUGGCUUGUCCCAUUCUCAGAUGAUCAAAAAGCAAACUUCACAUAUGUGGACAGGGCAAUCGAGCUGAAGAAGCAGUAUACCGAUCCAAGCUUCACUGUUGUUGGAAUCAAGCUGAUUUGCGACGGCGUCGUUGACGGCUGCACCGCAGCCCUCAUGCAGCCAUAUACUGGCAAAUCCGAUCCAGUGGAGCCCAUCUGGCCAGCAGAUAUGUUGAAAGAAGUUGUACAGCGCGCCGACAACUCAGAGUUGCAGUGUGCGAUCCAUGCCAUCGGAGACAGGGCCAUAAACCAAGCAAUCAACGUCCUCUCGGAUGUCGGAACACCAGGCCGACGACACCGAAUCGAACAUCUCGAAUUAUCGACCUCAGAAGACGCAAAGCGUUUGGGUCAACUCGGUAUCACCGCCUCUGUUCAACCUGUUCAUUCUGACCCAUCCCUCUUCAAGGCAUGGCCAGGCCUGGUCGGUCCUGACCGGUGCAAGCGAGCUUUUGCAUACAAGGAGUUCCUAGACGGUGGCGCUCCUCUCGCAAUUGGAACGGACGCUCCCACUGCACGCCAUUUUCCCUUCCCCAACCUGUAUAAUGCCACCACAAGACGCUCCGCCCUUGAGCCCGAGACCACCAACACUGUGAACCCGCAUUUCGGUUUGAGCCUAGCAGAGGCUGCAACUGCUGCGACGACGGGGGCGGCGUAUGCGCGGUUCGCGGAUUCGUGGACGGGAAGUCUCAAGGCUGGGUUGAGUGCGGACUUCUUGGUGGUGGAUAUGCAGUGGAUGCCGGAAACGCUGCUCGAGGCGAGCGUAGCACAGACUUGGUUCCGGGGAAAGAAGGUGUAUGAUGUUAACUCUCGUUCUCAAUAG